CGUGGGAAUCUCGAAUCCCGCGGUGCCUUUUCUCGCUCACCGGUCAAAGGAAGCAGCCAAAAACAUCCUCACUUUCUUCUUCAACAUUAUAGAAACCACGAUGAUUCGAUCGACCGCUUUACGGACAAUCUCGCGGGGUGCGUUUGCGCAGGGACGUACUGUUGCUGGGCGUCGCGCGGGUGUGAAUGUCGCUGCCGUUCGGGCGUACUCGAGUGACCACCACGACGACCAUGGACACAAUGAUCAUGAUCACCACGAUCAUCAUGACGAUAGCACUCCUCCUGUUGAGCUCUUCGACAAAAAGACCUCUCUCUUCCUCGGCGGCGCCGUCCUCUUCAUCGCUGCCUCGCCUCUCUUCAAGUACUACCUCGACGCUUACAGCUCUCCCCUGCGAUCCUAAUCAUCCCCGCACCACCACCACCAACACCACGUCGAUGUACUCAGUAGUUUGAAGGUAUAGAGAGGGAGAAGGUUUCAUGUUUGUUGUAUAUGUGCUUGGGUUUUUAUUUUUUGUAUCUCUUUGUUUAAUGCAUCUGGUGACUUUCGCAUCAUCCACACUCUUAUCAACAACAUCUAUAUCAGUGCAGAGCCAGGCAGAAAACUCUGCAGUGUU